CUCGCUCUCAGUUUAUCAUUAUUGUGUCUGUCUCACUCAUCAUUCGUUUGGGUUCUUCUCUCUUCGAAGUUCAAAUGGCUGUAGAGAAACAAAGUAGGACAACAAAGAAGUCAAAGAACACGGACAAGGGUGUUGGGACUUGGUGUUGCUGUGAUCUUGCAUCUCGACAAGAAGUGUAUUGUUUUUUCUUUGGUGAAUUCAAGAAUUGCUUUCUAUCACUUGGUUUAAUUUAAUCUGUACUACUUUUUCUAAAGAAUGACCGGAGUGCUCAUUUCUGGGGAUGAUCUUUAUUGAUAAUUUAACAUUGAAUGAUAGAAUGUAUAUGCAUCUGUUGUGAUUGGUUCCGAUAUAGUUCCUAUGUUGGUAUUAACAAGGUAGGACCAGAUCCAUACUAUAUGGAACCAACAUCUUGUAACAAUGGUGUUGCCGAAACAUGAUAAAGAAUCUUUUUUGCGCUUACAGUAAGAAGAUUUCAUCUCCUUGCAGAAAGGUCAACAAUGGCGUUGCUGCCUUAGAGAAACCAUGCUGCCAGCCAAAAAUCCCAAUAAAGGAAUAUGUUUAUUUUGGGUAGUGAUACUAAGGAGUACCUAAGGAGGCCUCCAAUAUAAUUAUAUGAAGGUGUUGGGACUUGGGGUUGCUGGGCUAGGCUGGUGUGUGAUCUUGCAUCUCGACAAGAAGUGUGUUGUUUUUUCUUUGGUGAAUUCAAGAAUUGUUUUCUGUCACGUGGUUAUAGUAGCAAUAAACUGUGCAGAUAUUCUUUACCCCACCCUUAUGCAUUCUUGGCUACUGGAUUUUAAAAUUGAGUUUUUGCACCCAAUUGAAGAAGGGCUCAGAUUCUACAGAUCCAUUCAAGGAGGAAUGAAUGUUCACCUUGAUGUCAACUUUGAAGAACUUGCUUCUUCUACAGGUGAUUUCAAUGGAGCACAACUAAAGGCUGUAUGUGUUGAGGCUGGCAUGUUGGCACUGUGCUGUGAUGCAAUCGAGAUAAUAAAGAAUGUUAGUCACAAAAAACUGAGAUUGUUUGAAAUUUGUUGAACAUAAUAAAUCGUAGUGAGAUAUGGGAGACAUCAAGAUUUGUGAUUUUCAACAAAUUGCAAACAAAAUAAAAAGUGUUAGACUCAAAAUCACUUGAGAUUAUUUGAAGUUUAUUGAAAAUAAUAAAUUUUAGUGAGAUGCUGGAGUCAUCGAGAUGUGUAAUUUUCAAUAAAUUUCAGCUAUUAAUAGUUAGACAAAAUAUUUGAUAUUGCUUGAAUUUUGUUAUAAACAAUAAAUCUUAGUGACAUGCAGGAGUUACCAGGUUUUUUAAUUUUCAAUAAAUUACAACUAUUAUUAGUGUUA